AAAUCCGGCUUGCCUCAAUUUCCUGUUGUGACUUCCCAUUUGUCUUUUUCUGGGCUGGACCCGGAUGGCAAGGCGACGGAAAGGCCCUCCACAGAACUGUUGGAGAAUAGAGCCGGCUGGCUUUAUGGGUCUCAUCAAGAGAUGCAAUAAUUGAGCAGCCUCUCUUUAAGGGGCUCCAGGACUUGGGGGCUUGAGAGCUGCAUCAGCGGCCUCUCAAAUGACUCUCAACGGCUCGCUCUGGGGUCUCUUUCUCAUGCUGGCGAAUCCAUUUGCAAACAGAGCUACAGGCAUGAAAGAAGCGGUGGUGGUCCAGCCACAGCAUUUUAUCUCAGUCCUAGUCGGAGAAUCUCUCAAACUGGAAUGCCAGGUGACCGGUGAUACACCAGGAGCUGUGAAGUGGUUUUUAGGAAAUGGUCCUGAUCGGAAACUUAUCUAUAUAGACAAGCUCCAUGACCAAUUUAAGAGAGUUACACGUCACAAAGAAAGUUCUGGCACAGAUUUCACCAUCACCCUCCAUAAUGCCACUCUUGAAGAUACUGGGACCUAUUACUGUGUGAAGCAGAAGAAAGAAGCUCGCAAAGAUGACACAGACUUGAAAAGUGGGGAAGGAACUCAGGUGGUUGUGACAGCUUUCAAGAGUGACCGCUAUAUCAUCCCAACAGUUGUUUGUAUCCUCCUUGCUGUCUUGCUUGCUGCGGCCAUUUACUUGUACAUAAGGAAGAAAAGAGGUUGGAACAGUGGCACCUCAAGGUCUGAAACUUCCCUUUCAGAGAGUACAAAAACUCCUAAUCAGCAUCCGGGCGAUAAAGAGAUUGUCUACACUGACCUAAAAUAUCCAGAGGGAUUACCAAGGGCCAAGACAAGCAGCCUACAAGAAAGUUCUGAAUACGCCACUCUAAAGAUAUGACCGGCUGUUUCUGGAUCCGGCACCGAAGAGAGAAAGGAUGCUUCUCUGUCUUGAUAGAGACAAACUGCAACAAAACCAUGCAAGUGCAUGAAGCCAGGAAAGAAAGGAGGCUGCAAAUUCAAGAGGGAGUGGAAUGUCCUGGCUGGAAGGAAAAGAAAGAUCAUGUCUCUCACUAGCCGUCCCUUGCCACGUGUUGCUGUGACCCAGUCUGGUGAUCUGGAAAAUAAAGUAACGAGAAAGUGUUGGUUUCUAA